CAGCCUGGGCGCUAGCCUGGGGGCCUCUGGGGUCGGUUCCGGGGCCUGGGGGGCUGCAGGAAGCGGAGGCAGCUCCGGACGCCCGGAUCGAAGCGGGCGCAGACACCCGAAACGGCCGAGGUGGCCGCGAGCCGGCUGCUGAGUAAUCCCGGGCGGCGGGUGGGGGCGGCCGGGCGCCCACGUUCCCCGCGCCGCAGACCGGCGGCGGCUCCGCCUUCGCGUCCCUCCCCGCCCCCUGCCGGCCACUGUGCUGGGUUCCCGGCAGGUCGGAGCGGGGAUCGGGGAGCGCGGGCCGCUGCAGCCGCCUCCGGCACCUCGCCUCGGCCCGCGCGGGGCCUCGUGCGCCCAUGGCCGGCUCGGAGCAGCAGCGGCCGCGGCGGAGGGAGGACGGCGACCCGGAUGCGGCAGCAGAGCCCCUGCAGGACGCGGAGCUGGCCCUGGCUGGCAUCAACAUGCUUCUCAACAACGGCUUCAGGGAAUCGGAUCAGCUUUUCAAACAAUACAGAAAUCAUAGUCCAUUAAUGAGUUUUGGAGCCAGUUUCGUCAGCUUUUUGAAUGCCAUGAUGACAUUCGAGGAGGAGAAGAUGCAGUUGGCAUGUGAUGACUUAAAGACCACGGAGAAGCUGUGUGAGGGUGAAGAGGCUGGAGUAAUCGAGACAAUUAAGAAUAAAAUCAAGAAGAAUGUUGAUGCUCGGAAAUCCACCCCCUCGAUGGUCGAUCGACUUCAGAGGCAAAUCAUUAUCGCCGACUGCCAGGUUUACUUGGCUGUUCUUUCCUUUGUGAAACAAGAAUUGUCAGCCUACAUAAAAGGUGGGUGGAUCCUUAGGAAAGCCUGGAAGAUUUACAAUAAGUGCUAUGUGGACAUCAACGCCCUUCAGGAGCUGUAUCAGAAGAAGCUGACAGAAGAGCCCUUGUCUUCUGAUGCUGCAAAUGAUAACCACAUUGUGACCGAAGGGGUGACUGAGGAGUCCCUAAGCAGACUGAAAGGUGCUGUGAGCUUUGGAUAUGGCCUUUUUCACCUUUGCAUAUCCAUGGUGCCCCCAAACCUGCUCAAAAUCAUCAACCUGCUGGGGUUUCCUGGAGACCGCCUACAGGGCCUUUCUUCACUGACGUAUGCGAGCGAAAGUAAGGACAUGAAGGCCCCUUUAGCUACAUUAGCCCUGCUGUGGUACCACACUGUGGUCCGCCCAUUCUUUGCCUUAGAUGGCAGCGACAGCAAGGGGGGCCUGGAUGAGGCUAAGGCAAUUCUUCUCAGAAAGGAGUCUGCUUACCCAAACUCUUCCCUCUUCAUGUUCUUCAAGGGACGGAUCCAGCGGUUAGAGUGUCAAAUCAACAGUGCCUUGACUUCCUUCCACACUGCUCUGGAGCUGGCUGUGGACCAGAGGGAGAUCCAGCACGUGUGUCUGUAUGAAAUCGGCUGGUGCAGCAUGAUUGAACUCAACUUCAAGGAUGCAUUCGAUUCCUUCGAGAGGCUGAAGAACGAGUCCAGGUGGUCCCAAUGUUACUACGCAUAUCUGACUGCAGUUUGUCAGGGAGCCACGGGUGACGUGGAUGGAGCACAGCUUGUUUUUAAAGAAGUCCAGAAGCUGUUCAAAAGGAAGAACAACCAGAUUGAACAGUUCUCAGUGAAGAAGGCUGAGCGAUUUCGGAAGCAAACCCCGACCAGGGCGCUGUGUGUGCUGGCCUCCAUCGAAGUGCUGUACUUGUGGAAAGCCCUUCCCAACUGUUCCUUUCCCAACCUGCAAAGGAUGAGUCAAGCUUGCCAUGAAGUAGACGAUUCAUCUGUCGUUGGAUUGAAGCAUUUGCUCCUUGGUGCCAUACACAAAUGUCUAGGAAACUCACAAGAUGCUGUCCAGUUCUUCCAGCGGGCUGCUAAAGAUGAGCUGUGUCGUCAGAAGAACUCAUACGUCCAGCCAUAUGCAUGCUACGAGCUUGGCUGUCUCCUGCUAGACAGAGCAGAGACUGUAGCAAGAGGCAGAACUCUACUUCUUCAGGCAAAGGAGGAUUUUUCUGGCUACGACUUUGAAAACAGAUUGCAUGUCCGCAUCCACGCUGCUCUGGCCUCCCUGAGGGAACUGGUCCCUCAGUGAUAAACUCUGAGUGGCCCUUCUGUCCCCUCCACCCAGGGUCAGCACUAUGAAAGCAGAGGAGAAAGCUUUCUUGAAGAUCAGCUUUUCUUCUGGAGACCAUCUGUGCCAGGGAUGGGUUUCCUGGUGUUGCUGACACACUAAAUAUUCCUCUUUUAAACAUGUAGCUACUGAGUAAUAAAGAUGUCCAUAACAUAACAGUAACUAACCUGGGAGAGGGUUAAGUGACCUUGUUCAAACAUUUUAGUUUUGUGAUUUAUUAUUUUUAAAUAAAAUCAAACUAAAUAUCCACCCUGUGAUCCUGUAGGAGUGCCUACAUGAAGCAUAGAUCAGAGUGGGCUUGGUGAGAGCUGUACCCCAAAGUUAGAAACAGUACUUCACAUAGCAUGUGUCUGUGUUUAGAUAAAAAUUAAAGAGUUUUCUAGUAUUCCACUUUCUACUGGAAAUAUUCUUAUAACAAUUGUGGCACAAACAUUCUUGGCUGGGCAUGGUGGCAUGUGCCUUUAGUCCUAGCACACAGAAGGCAGAGACAGGCAGGAUCCAGAGAUCCUGAAUUCUUAUCCUUCUUUCAUGUACAGUGAGACUCCGGUCCAGCAAUGGCAGUUGGCAUAUUCCAGUUGCUCACGUUUCAUGGGGCAAUGACUGGAACGCAGACCUCAGGACCGUGAACUGAAUACUAUUUUUAUAUAAAACAUGUAAAUAACGCAGAACUCCAUGCUUAACGUAUAGAGAUAAAUGCUGUGCAGCUCAGGUUUUGUCGUCAACAACAUUCAUUCAUCCCCAGGGGCUGGAGGUCAGUAAAGGGCUUGCCACACAUGCGUAAGCCCAUGUUCUUGUUCCCAGUACCUAUAUAAAAACAAAAGUAGCUAGACAUGCCCCAGGACAGGUGCGAUCCUAGUGCUUGGACGCAGAGGCAGGAGGAUCUCUUUACCUCUUCUUCACCCUGAGUUCACUGGCAAGCUAGUCUCACUGAAAUAGUGAGCUGCAGGUUUAGUGAGGUACCCUGCCUCAAGACAAUACAGCGGAGUGACUGAGGAAGACCUGAGGCUGACCCCAGCUUACACACACACACACACACACACACACACACACACACACACACACACCACACUCCUACACACACUCAUCCUUAGGAUGUCUGCAAAAGUUCUCAAAAUGGAAGCAACAAAAUAGGAGCAGAAAUGAUAAGUCUGCAAGCAUGUCCCUGCUGCCAGUCCCAUCAGAAAACCAGAUCUACAGUGGGCUAAAUAGCACCUAUAUUUUAUGAGUUCUGCUAUGAAAAUUACCUGCUGAUCAGCUUUUAACCCUGUAGCACAGCAGUUCUCAACCUGUGGGUCGCGACCUCCUUAGGGUUGGGUUGAGGGACCCUUUCACUGGGGACACAUAAAAGACUUCCUGCAUAUCAGAUUUACAUUACUAUUCAUGACAGUAGCAAAAUUACAGUUAUGAAAUAGCAACAGGAUAAUUUUUUGGUUGGGGGUCAGCGUAGCAUGAACUGUAUUACAGGGCCACAGCAUUAGGUAGGGUGAGAGUCACCGCCCUAACAUCCAUCUCACGAAGGCUGUCGUUCCAUGAGUGUGGUUUGUACCUGAUUCUUUUUGGUGCCGAAGUAUCUGCAGGGCUGUGUGUUGCCAGAAUUUCACCAGUCCCUCACCUCAGGUUGUUGACUAUUAAAGAGAAUUCAGUGUUGCGGUUUACUCCUUCAUGGCUGGGAUUUACUGGUGAUUGGGUGUGCUUUGUGCUCAGCUGUGUUUUUGAAUAAACACCUCGGGCACUCUUAUGAAUCCUUGCCAUGAUUUGGCUGUCAUCUUUAGGUUUCUGCAUUUUCACUGAACUUUCAUUUAGAGUGUAAUUCGUUUGCGUACCUACUAUCUGAACCACAAGCCUGUGUGGUAUCAGCGUUUUAAUACUUAGGAUGUGAAACAGGAACAAAGCAGCUGGAAUAUUGUCACACUGUAUCUUCUUUAAUUUCCUAUGAAAGGACAGGGUGUCCUGCUUGGUUGAAGGGUGAGGUGUCCUUUAGUGGUGGAGUCCUGACACAGGAGGCCUGGGUUCCACAAGCCCUACACGUUUUAAUCUUGUUUUGAGAAGGUGAUACCCUUGACUGAAGAUGCUCCUUGCUCCCACGGUCUGCACCAUCAUUAUCUGUCCCUUGGCCCUGUGCCAGCUACUUCCCAUUAGACUGUUGCUGAAGUAUUCACACUGACUUCCUGAUGUGGGUUGUGUAUGGAGUUAAGAUAUCAUAAGACACAGAAGAUGAUAACCCUGCUUUCUUGGCUGAGUACAUCCGAGCAGCUCAGGGGGGAUCUGAAAAAUACUGGAAGCCUGCUAACUAGAGAGGACUAUCAUCAAUGUUAAACCUAUGGCUGCUACCACCGGAUUCUCUUCUUGCUUCUGUCAGGAUCACAGAACCUUCUGAAUCAUGAAGGUUUUGCUUUAGUUUUUGUUGGAAUUUUUAGUUCAAAAACUUUCAAGCUAUUAUUCCAUAUUCAAAGGUUGCAUAAAGUCUCAUAGCUUCAAAUUAGAUUAUUUACUUAUAGUUUACUUUAAGGUUGUUCAUAUUUCUGCUACUGAGAUUUCCAGUUUUAAACUGCUCUGUGCCAGAGGCUCUGUAGUGGGCUCUUCCAGUUUGUAAAUGUCAAAUAUAUUUUGUAUUGGGUUGUGCCUUUGAUGAGAGAUAUUUUGUGUAUGCUAAACACAUUUGUAUAAUUUGGCAGACAUGAAGAAGUGAUGACAAAGCAAUAUACUUUUCUGGCUGUUUUUAUCUUUA